CAAUGCAUUAUAUAAGGAGUAGAUUUGCACGUACGAAUUAGUCCAUCGCAUUAGCCAUCGUCUACUCCGAAAAUCACUCCUUUUCCAAUCAGGAGAGCACGGCUCAUUGACGUGAAGACUUUCCAUUACUCCGGCGAGGUGCUGGAGACGUUGUCGAGUUCUUCGUCCUCUCUAGACCCAAGAUGGCAUCACCAGACGGAGCUUUGGACCCAUCAGUUAUUUCCGGGCACAUCAGUGGAAUUGAACAUCUCAAUGAAACUAAUUUUCCUUCCUGGAAGGAGCAUAUUCUGAAUGCCCUUGUGAUCAUGGACCUUGACUGUGCACUUAGAGAAAAGGCUCCUAUUCCUCCGCCUUCUGAUGAUGAAAGCCUUCUUGAGAAAAGUAAGGUUUAUGAGGCUAAUAUGGAGAAAUGGGAGCGCUCCAACCGCAUGGCUAUCAAGCUCAUGAAAAGCACAAUAAAUCAUGGGAUCAGGGGAGCAAUUCCUGACUUUGUGUGUGCUGAAACUUACCUGGCAUUAGUGGAGGAGCAAUUCAAAAACUCCUCAAAAGCACAUGCUAGCACGCUGAUCAUGGAAAUACUCACCACUAAGUAUGAUGGUGUAAGCGGCAUUAGAAGGCAUAUCAUAACUAUGAACGAUAUGGCCGCGAAAUUAGAGGGCAUCUGCAUUGAGAUUUUUGAGGGCCUUUUGGUAGACUUCAUUAUGAAUUCCCUUCCUGUGGAAUAUGGUCCAUUUAGGAUCAAUUAUAACACACGUAAGGAGAAGUGGACCAUGAGUGAGCUCAUACAUAUGUGUGUUCAAGAAGAAGAACAUCUCAUGGGCAUCUUAUGAAAGAGUUGGGCUCAAAGGCUUGCUAAUAAGGGUAAUGAAAAUUCCUUAAAUUCCUGAAUCAUUGGUUUACUUAUCUUCCCAUAAAUAAUUGUGAGUUGACUCAGGUGCCACUUGCACACUUCGAACUCAUUUCAGGGAUUCCAUUCUGUGAGGACACUCCAAAAGGAUGGAUCCAAGUCUUAUCUAUCUAUCUAUCUAUCUAUCUAUCUAUAUCUAUCUAUACCUAUAUCUAAUUACAUACUCUCAUUAAGUAAGAGACAUGAUACUGUCAUUUAAGACAUAUCGAAAUGAUGAUACUGUCAUUUAAGACAUAUUUCGAAGGGGAGAAAUGAACACUCUCAUUAAGUAAGAGGCACAUUCCUUUCAUCUACUUGGCUUAUGUGAUUUAGGUUAAACUAUUAGUUACAUUGAGGGAAAUAAGCAAAGACAACUGAUACAGGAGUUUUCCAUAGUACCCGGGAUAUGGAAUUAGUACGCAUAAAAAAAUGAGGUCCAGUUCCUAGCACUUAUAAGUGUUUUACUCUUUCAUUACCUUCACACAUAAGUAUUCGCAUUGCCCUUUUUUUUCAGAAGAACAAUGUUUUUUUUGUUUGUUUGUUAUUGUUGCCCAAUAUUCACCGGUGUUAAACACCCUAAUUCUUUAUUGAAUGUUUGCAUCAGUGGGAGCUAUAUACAAAAGGGCAAUGGAAAAUUAAAAUUGAUGGGUUCAUAUAGGAAAUAAGAAGGGAAAUUGCAUGUACGCUAAGAUGAGUGGGAGCUAGUAUAUCAUGUUCGUACUAUAUGGUACAAUAGAUAUAAAAUUAGUUUUCCACUACUAAGCCUACUGUCUAAGGUGACAACAAAGCAACUUUGAAUUUUAGCUAUGUUGCGAUACAACCAGGAAAGCCUUGUGGCUGAACAAUUUUAUCCGGACAUAGAUUGGUACACUACAUACUAAUAUUUUUGUGCGAUAAGAAACCGCACAUUAGUUCAUGAGUAACAACAAUUAAGUGAGUAUCAUGUUGUGAAAGAUAUUGUCCAAGAACAAAUAUUAAACUCAACAUAUAUGUACUAAGUGCAUGAUAGCUGAUCCCCAAACUAAAGGCUUACCAUUAAUUUUGCUAGCAUAAGUAUAAGUCAAGGCCUCUAAUUGGUGGGAUAAUUGUAUAAAUGAGAUCUCAAAUUUUGAUCUGGACAAUAAGGAAGUUUGUUUCGCUAAAUAAGUGCACAUAGUGAUUAAUAAAGAAACAAACUACUAGGACCAUAAGUAGGGAGUAUGCAUGCAUGCACAUACAAACUCCCAACCAUGAAUAAUUAUCCAUGUUGAGACGGAGUAUUAUGCUAUAGAUAAUGGGGUUCCAGUAAUAACUCUUCGAUUACUAUGAAUACAUUACCUUGGUAUGAUGCUUUUGUCGAAGUAUGGACUGAUGUUAACCAUUCGAUCAAGUGGGAGAAUGUUGGAAUUAUUAUGUGAUCAAAUGGUCAAAAAGGUUAAUUACCAUAAAUUAUUGUUGACCCAUUAAUUAAUUUCAGGAUUAAUAUCAAUUAAAUGGAAAUUAACAAAUCAUGCCCGUGAUUGGGGGGCUGAAUUAACGCUAAUAUGGUUCAGGUCCCAUGGUCAAAGCCAAUGCAUUAUAUAAGGAAUAGAUUUGCACGUACGAAUUAGUCCAUCGCAUUAGCCAUCGUCUACUCCGAAAAUCACUCCUUUUCCAAUCAGGAGAGCACGGCUCAUUGACGUGAAGACUUUCCAUUACUCCGGCGAGGUGCUGGAGACGUUGUCGAGUUCUUCGUCCUCUCUAGACCCAAGAUGGCAUCACCAAACGGAGGUAUAAUCAAUCUACUUCUUCUAAUUUCCGCAUCAGAUCAAAUUGUGUUCAUGUAUAUUAGAUACGAUCCGAUUAGCAGUUGAAUAAUCUCAGUAAUUAGUCUAACAAUGGUUAGUGUAUAGACUGUAUAAUUUCGAUUCUUGACAAUAUAACUGUAUGAGAAACUGCUUUUUUUGCCUCGAUACGAGGAACUGCUUUGACCAUAGACGUGAGUCCAUGGCCUAUGGUAUAGUGUAUUUGCCUUCAUUUUGGGCAAUCCAUCUUGGAGGUCUGCAAAGCUGCAUAUCAGCGAUGGAGCCGCGUCGAACUCGGGUGAAGAGGUGAUUCGUCAUUCUUUUCUUCGGUGGCUGCUGUUGUGGUGCCGGAGGCAGGUGAUGGGUGUUGGUGUCAAGCUUUGAGAUGUUCUGUUAUCUUUUCGGUUUUGUCAUGUCGGUCCUUACGUGACUUGUACUUUAAUCUUUAUGAUAUAAAUGAGACGUGUAUUAUCAUGCAAAAAAAAAACAAUAUAAUUAGUAUACUAGAAGUAGUCAUCAUAAUUACCCAAGUUUAGAAUGUCUUGUUUAAAAGAGCUUUUUUAAUUUCUGGUCUUUUCUUUUAUUUGAGAGGUGUUGGCAGUGCGAAAGAGCAGUCGGAGUGAGUUACAGAAAUCAUCGACAUUAAAAGCUAGGGUUGCAAAAACUACGCUUCUGCAG